GUUUUACAUUUCUGUUUGUGGUACAGGAAAAGGCUUAGGAUCUGAGGGCUUGAUUCAGUGAAAUAACAUUGCCUUCUACACAUUUGCUUCGCAAGGAGGGCAGGAGUUGGAAGCGACCGUUUUUUUUUUUUUUUUUGAGACGUUAAAGAUUUGCUGGCAAAAGGAAAGGGUUUUUUUUUUUCCUCCCUCCCUGCCGAGGAAAAACAGUUCUAACGAGGAGUUACUUUGUAAUUUUAACUCCCAUUCAAAUACUCCCAGCCGUAGGCACUGCCGUUGAUCCCCCACGACUUCGGGAUCCAGACUCAGAGGGACGGCUCCCGGCUCUCUGGCAUCCUCAGAGCCCCCGUCAUGAGUUUACAGAAGACAAUCUUCCCUCGAAGGGAGAAUGGCACCCAUGAAGUGGUAGCUAAGCCCAGUCAAGUGGCCUCCCGUCAGCCAAGGGCCAGGGAUCAGGAAAGGAAGAAGGGCAGCUUUACUUCCUCUCUGAGGAUGGAGCCACACAGCCGUUCUGGAAAGAGCCGAAAAUCCACCAAAUUCCGGUCCAUCUCCCGGUCCCUCAUCCUCUGUCAUGCGAAGACCAGUGACGAGGGCUCAAGCCCCGAUGAGAGAUAUCCGGAUCCUUUUGAGAUUGCCCUGGGCCAGGGCAAGGACAGAAUUUUCCACUCAUCCAUGCAGCUGGCAGACACGUCGGAAACCGGACCCGGCAGCACCCCUGACCUCACGCUGGCCUCCGAGGCCGCUCAUCUCCAGACAGCUGGGAGCGACCGAGGCAAGACCUACAGGAGGCUGUUUUUCAUGAAGGAAGCUUCUUCAACUUCCUCUCGAGAAAAGUCUGGAAAACUAGACGCGCAAGGUAGUAACUUCCUGUUUCCCAAAGCCUGUCACCAAAGGACACGCAGCAACUCAACUAGUGUUAAUCCCUACUGCACAGGAGAGAUUGAUUUUCCAAUGGCCAAGAAAUCUGCAGCUUCCACAGACAGGCAGCCGUAUUCCCUCUGCAGCAGCAGGAAGUCUCUCUCUCAACAGCUGGACUUUCCAGCAGGAAAGGCCAUGGGCACGUCCAGACCCACACGGUCGCUCAGCACGGCUCAGCUCGUGCAGCCCUCGGGGGGCCUCCAGGCUUCCGUCAUCUCCAACAUCGUGCUGAUGAAGGGCCAGGCCAAGGGCCUGGGCUUCAGCAUCGUUGGAGGACAGGACAGCAUUUAUGGCCCCAUUGGGAUUUAUGUUAAAACCAUCUUUGCAGGGGGAGCAGCGGCAGCUGACGGAAGGCUCCAAGAAGGUGAUGAAAUUCUGGAACUCAACGGCGAAUCGAUGGCAGGACUAACACAUCAGGAUGCUCUGCAGAAGUUCAAGCAAGCCAAAAAGGGGCUCCUCACCCUGACCGUGAGGACCCGCCUGACGGCCCCUGACUCCCUGAGCAGCCACGUGUCCCCCCCGCUGUGCCGCUCCCUGAGCUCCAGCACCUGUGUCACCAAGGACUGCAGCUCCUUCGUCCCGGAAAGCCCGGAAGCUCCUGCCAGCGGGGGCGCCAAGCCCAACUACAGGGUCAUGGUGGAGGUGUCCCUGAAGAAAGAAGCUGGCGUUGGGCUGGGAAUUGGCCUGUGCAGUGUCCCCUACUUCCAGUGCAUCUCUGGCAUUUUCGUUCAUACUCUCUCUCCAGGAUCUGUGGCCCAUCUGGAUGGACGACUCAGGUGUGGCGAUGAGAUCGUGGAAAUCAACGACUGCCCCGUGCACUGCAUGACACUCAAUGAAGUCUACACCAUCCUGAGUCACUGCAGUCCCGGUCCGGUCCCCAUCAUCGUUAGCCGACAUCCAGAUGCACAGGUCUCUGAACAGCAACUCAAAGAGGCUGUGGCCCAGGCUGUGGAGAAUAUCAAGUUUGGAAAGGAGAGGCAUCAGUGGAGUCUGGAAGGCGUCAAAAGGCUGGAGAGCAGCUGGCAUGGGCGGCCGACCUUGGAGAGGGAGCGGGAGAAGAACUCGGCUCCCCCGCAUCGCAGGGCUCAGAAGGUCAUGAUCCGCUCCAGCAGCGACAGCAGCUACAUGUCCGGGUCCCCUGGGGGCAGCCCCAGCAGCAGCGGAGAGCAGCCUCCCUCCGACCUGGAAACCAGCACACACAGCCCCAGCCUGCCCCUGGGGCAGGAGCCAGGGGGCCCUCCGGGGGCAUCAUCACCCAGGCCUCCCCAGGAGAGCCCGCCCCUCCCCGACAGCCAGGGCAGCCACCCGCCAUUGAGACUGAAGAAGUCCUUUGAGAUUUUGGUGAGAAAGCCAACUUCCUCCAAGCCUAAGCCUCCACCCAGAAAAUACUUUAAAAGUGACAGUGACCCUCGGAAGAGUCUGGAAGAGAGCAAGAACUCCCUAUGCCCUUCUGGGCACACCUUGCCCACCUGUGGCCAGGAAGCCAGAGAACUACUGCCACCACCACUGCCUCCGCAGGAAGACGCAGCAGGGAGAUCCCCCCAGGCCUCUGCCUGCUGCCCCGGAACUGCAGUCCCACAGACACCAUACUCCGCUGAGGACCAGCCAGGGAGGAGAGGAGCCGGCCCAGUGACGCAAACAUCCCCAACCAAACACCCACUGCUUAAGAGGCAGGCUCGGAUGGACUAUAGCCUUGAUACCACAGCGGAAGACCCUUGGGUUAGAAUCUCUGACUGCAUCAAAAAUCUCUUUAGUCCCAUCAUGAGUGAGAAUCAUGGCCACGUGCCGCUGCAGCCCAGCGUCCGACUGGGUGAAGAUGAGGGGACCCAGGGCCACCCAGAUGGGACUGCAUCGAAGCUGGAUGCCACCAGUGGUGGCUCCAAAGUUUACAAGUCGGUAGACGGCAGCACAGUAAAGAAGGGUCCUCCCGUGGCCCCCAAGCCGGCUUGGUUUCGCCAAAGCUUGAAAGGUUUGAGGAAUCGGGCUCUAGAUGCAAGGCAGCUGCCCGAGGCAGCCUCCUGCAGCCAGCCCACACCCACACCCACACCUGCCUCCAGGCAGCGCCCGGGGCCGCCCCUGCGUGCCACCUCCUCCUCCAUCAAGCAGAGAAUCAGCUCCUUCGAAACCUUUGGCUCCUCUCAGCUGCCUGACAGAGGAGCCCAGAGACUGAGCCUCCAGCCCUCCAGCUCCUUGGGAGAGGCAACAAAGCCUGCUGAAAAGCCAGAGGGAGGACCUGCUUCUGGUCCCUUGGGACGAGGGGCGCCCCCCACCGUCAAGCAGCCGCGGCCAGAGUUAGAGCAGCUGCCGCAGGCCUCGCCCACAGCCCCAGAGGCCAGUGACCCCAGUGUGUCGGAGUCCCCUCCCCCAGGACAACAGCCAGAUCAGAAAGCCCUCCCCUUGGACCCUGACCCUCUGUCGAGGCUGCUGUUGACACAGGUGGAGGGGUCUCGAGGCCCAGUUGUCAAGAUGCCAAGCCAGCGGGCACGGAGCUUCCCCCUAAGCAGGACCCAGUCUUGCGAGAUGAAGCCACUGGAUGAAAAGACCAGUAAACUCUACUCCAUCAGCAGCCAAGUGUCAUCGGCUGUCAUGAAAUCCCUCCUGUGCCUUCCUUCUUCCUUCUCCUACGGCCAGAGCCCUUGCAGCCCCAAGGAAGGGGCAUCACCACCGUCGCUGUCCAGCGAAGACCCAGGUGCAAAUAGUUUUGCUGAAACCCCUGCCACGGACACGGGCUUCUCGCUCAACCUUUCGGAGCUGAGAGAAUACACAGAGGGUCUCAGUGAGCCCACGGAGGCCGACGACUGGGACCACUGCACCCUUCAGUCUGGCCAGUCAGUUAUCUCCCUGCUGAGCUCCGAGGAGUUGAAGAAGCUCAUAGAGGAAGUGAAGGAUCUGGAUGAGGCGACAUUAAAGCAAUUAGACAGCAUCCAUGUCACCAUCUUGCACAAGGAGGAAGGGGCUGGCCUUGGGUUCAGCUUGGCAGGAGGAGCAGAUCUGGAAAACAAGGUGAUCACGGUUCACAGGGUGUUCCCUAACGGGUUGGCCUCCCAGGAAGGGACUAUUCAGAAGGGCAAUGAAGUGCUUUCCAUCAAUGGCAAGUCUCUCAAAGGGGCCACACACAACGAUGCCCUGGCCAUCCUGCGUCAAGCUCGGGACCCCAGACAAGCCGUGAUUGUCACAAGGAAGCCAACCCUGGAGGCCUCGCCUGACCUCAACUCCUCCACAGAUUCUGCAGCUUCCGUCUCUGUGGCCAGUGACGUCUCCAUAGACUCCACAGAGGCCACAGUCUGCACGGUGACCCUGGAGAAGACCUCUGCAGGGCUGGGCUUCAGCCUGGAAGGAGGGAAGGGCUCCCUGCACGGAGACAAGCCUCUGACGGUUAACAGGAUCUUCAGAGGGGCGGCCUCAGAACAGAAUGAGACGAUCCAGCCAGGAGAUGAGAUCUUACACUUAGCCGGCACUGCCGUGCAGGGCCUCACACGGUUCGAAGCCUGGAACAUCAUCAAGGCAUUGCCUGAUGGACCUGUCACGAUUGUCAUCAGGAGGAAAAACCUCCAGUCCAAGGGGACCACAGGGGCUGGAGACCCCUAGGCCGAGUGCCAGUGCUGACGCCAAAGCCAACAGCACGCAGCUCCCCACAACCACUCAUUCUCAGGGUCACUGUAACCCCAUCUGAUGGGGGAAAGCAUAGGUGUGUUUCCUGGUGGCUACCAGGUCCGGACCUUCUGGGAUACUGCCCAGCAAGAGGGUUGUCCCAGAUGUUAUGGCAGAGUCACACUGGGGUGGCUGAUACAGACUACAGGCUAUGUAUAGAGAGAACUUCAUGAUAAUAUUGUGGUGCUGUAAAUAAAAUGGAUCUAUUUCAAUUUGA